AAGUCUCAUUGAGUGUCAUAUCUUUAUAGGCGACUAAGAGUCAAAUAUAAUCAUUCGGUCACCAAACUCUGGAGACGAGCAACGUGAAUUUUUACAGCAAAAUGAGAGUUACUCAAGAAAAUUCGUAUGUCUAUCGAAUGGUAGCAGUAAUUUCAAUUGUAGUUGUAAAAGAGUGCUCAGGAAUUGAAAAUAAUUAUGGGCCGCCUCCGCCAUCUCCAACUGAAUACCAUGGAUAUGAACCAGAAAUUCAAAGACCACUAGCGGUGUUUACUGAAAGACCAGUGAGAGUGUCUGAUUUUGUACUAAUUCCAGUAGUCCAGGUGCCUUCUGCUGAACUUAAAAUGAUAUACAGACCACAAAUAGAUAGUGUAUCGGAUACUGAACCUAUAGUUAUGUGUAAAUCAUCAUCAAAAUCUUUUGAAGCAACUCCAGCAAUUCAAGUGUCACUUCAAGAACCAUUUUAUUUGCACGAUGAAAGAACAGUUAUCCCAUUUCCAAAGACCGUAACUAUUCUUCAUGGUGGUUAUCGUAUGUCGAUACCUGUUGGUGUGGUCGUAGCUCCUGUACCAGUAGGAGCAAUUAGAGCAGGACCUAUUUUUGUCACUAUAUUAUAUGCAAUUCCUACAGAAUCUCUACCACUUCCACCAUUACAACCAGCUAGAAUGCCUUCAUGGUCGUACAAUCCUGGACCAAGCCCAUUACUGUCAACUUCAGCACCAUCGCCGUCGCCAUCUCCUAAGCCAUCGCCAUCUCCUAAGCCUUCGCCAUCUCCUAAGCCUUCUCCAAAACCAACACUAAAACCACAGUACUUAGCCAAUCCUCCGCCGACACCGCAAUAUUUACCAACACCUUCACAAUAUUUAGGUGUGCCACCGUCUCCUUUAUAUUACCAACAUAAUCCUUCAUCUGAUGGAAAUAAUGAAGAUUUACGAUAUCGUGAGCCUUCAAAUAUAGAGUACUCAUCGCCACAGGUAUCAACAAAUCAUUACUAUAAUUCCAAAGAGUCUUCAUAUUUACAACAUCAAAGAGAAGAAUCAGAAAAGAAUAGACCUAAGUAUCAAUCAACUUUAUACCAUAUGAAUAAAUAUUAUAAUCCAUACGAUAACGAUUAUAACUGACAAUCCAACUUGAUAUUCGUAUAAGAAAAUAUUUCUUUUGUGAUAAUAGAUAAAUGUUUUAUUUGUAAUAACUUCAUUAAAAUGUAUUUUUUUGUUACUUUUACUUAUCAUUAAAUAAAUACCUAUUUUUUACUUAAA